CAACAACUGCGAAGCUAAUGAAAAAGGCCUUUUUGGAAGCUCUGCAAUCAAACGACUACAGAACUCUAGAGGAGUUUUUGCGUGAAAAGCAAGUAGAUGUGGACACGGUUUUCGAAGUGGAAGAUGAGAACCUGCUCUUGGCUUCCUACAAACAAGCAGGGCCAACCCUACCAUUAGACAGAAGGAGGCAGAUGCCCCAGACAGCAGAUUGUGGCUGUCAUGAAAGGGCAGGGUAUUGGCUGCCUAGUUAUAAACUACAACAUUCUUGGGCAACUGGACUACAUUUAUCCGUUCUCUAUGGCCAUCUGGAGAGCCUGAGGGUGCUGCUGAAGCACAAAGCAACCAUCAACUGCAGACCCAAUGGGAAAGCGGCCAUGCACAUUGCCUGUGAAGUUGCCAACCUGGAUUGUGUCAAGAUACUUUGCAGUCACGGAGCAAAAACCAACUGCUAUUCACUAAGUGGACUUGCACCACUGCAUUUUUGUACAACAAAGCUGUCUAUACCUUGUGCGCAGCACUUGAUCUGGAAAGGUGCAGACGUGAAUAUAAGAACGAACAAUCAAGAUGAGGAAACUCCCCUUCACACAGUGGCACGUUACGGCAUCCCUGAAAUGGUGGCCUUUUACGUGGAACAAGGAGCUGUGGUCGAUGGUGGCAACGCCCACAGAGAAACCCCAUUGGCUUGUGCAGUUUACUGGGCCCUGAAUGGUAAGGAACAAACCUACAGCACGGAUCACCAUCUGAUCUGUAGGAUGCUGCUGGACUAUCAAGCGGACGUCAAUUCGCGGGAUGAGGAUUUCAGAACUCCGCUCCACAAGGCUGCCUGGAACUGUGACCACGUACUGUUGGACAUGUUGCUUGCGGCAGGAGCUGAAGCUAACCUUAUGGAUGACAAUGGAUGUGCUCCUUUGCAGUACGUCCUGAAAGUAACAGGGGUACGGGCCAAUGGCCAGCCAGAUAUUUGUUAUCAACUGCUUCUGAAUCAUGGUGCUGCCAGAAUAUAUCCUCCACAGUUCCACAAGGUUUUGCAGGCCUGUUGCUCUCAUCCCAGAGCAGUUGAGGUGAUUGUGAAUUCGUAUGAACACAUCAAAUCCACAACAAAAUGGAGGGCAGCUAUACCUGAAGACAUCCUUGAGAUGCACAUGGAUUUCUAUGAAUCCCUUUUUGAGGCAUGUGUAAAUACACCAAGAUCACUCAAACAUUUAGCCAGAUGUGCUAUUCGAAGAAUAUUGUACAAUUCAUGCCACAGAGUGAUCCCUUUACUGUUCAUUCCAGAAACACUGAAGAAGUAUUUGCUCUUAGAACCAGAAGGAAUAAUAUACUAAAAUGGUUUACAGCUUUGUCAGAUAUAUUUUACAGUAACCAAUUUUUGUAAUACUAGGUGGACUUGCAUCGAAGGAGUUAAAACCAAGGUUUUAGGGACAGCUUCAGCCAGAUUCUGAGCUCAUAUCCAAAAUCGUAUACAAAGAAUCCGAGUUCAUAUAGCUAUGGACCACACAAACUGCUUGAUUUUACUGGCCACUGAACACAGAAUUAUUUCAUUAUGUGUUUCAUUCCCAGCUCAUGUUUAAAGCCAUACAUGGAACAGUGGGAGAAAUUUUGGUCAACUUUCCCCUCUGCUUUCAAAUUAUAGAAUGACCGAGCUACACAUAUCAGUGCUUGAAAAGUCUAGUUUUCAAUGAGCCCUUCAACACAAAUAUAGUGAAGGUGUAUGUGAUUAAAAGACCUCUGGAAUCCCAUAUGCUUAUAGCAAACUCAGAAUGUGGAUCCUUAUGUAAACAAAAGAGCAGAAUCCAUGUACAAGAGAGAAGUAUCAGCAGGCUUGAGGGAACCUCAAGGUUUGCAGAAAUAGC